UCCUUGGCCAAACAGGCUAUAAACAUGCAAUCGGAUCACAAUGAUCAGAUUUAGCAUCAAUUCACAGGGAGUUCUCAGUCGAAUUAGUUAGCAGACGAAGAACACUGCCAUAGCGUUUGAAAGAAUUCACUGUCAAAUUCUGAAAGAUUUGAAAGAAAAAAUGGGGGAAGACGAUGUGCCGCUGGACGAUAAAUCAAAGAGAAUGAGAGACCUGUUAUCAAGCUUCUAUUCUCCUGAUCAUCCUAAUUCUAAUUCAAUGUCGCCCAAAGCUACGUCCCGAUUCGCUACAUUGGAUACCAUCAACACCACCCCAUUCGACGCCGAUCAAUACAUGAACCUUCUUGUGCAGAAGUCCAAUUUGGAAGGUUUGCUUCAGAGGCAUGUUGAAAUGGCUGCUGAGAUUAAGAAUCUUGAUACUGACCUGCAGAUGUUGGUAUAUGAAAAUUACAACAAGUUUGUAAGUGCCACAGACGCUAUUAAAAGGAUGAAUAACAAUAUUGUUGGCAUGGAAACAAAUAUGGAACAGCUGCUUGAAAAGAUAAUGUCCGUUCAAUCUAGAAGUGAUGGGGUUAAUACUUCUCUUUUUGAGAAGAGAGAACACAUUGAGAAAUUGCAUCGGACCCGCAAUCUUCUACGAAAAGUUCAGUUCAUAUACGAUCUACCUGCUAGGUUAGCGAAGUGCAUCAAAUCAGAAGCCUAUGCUGAUGCAGUAAAAUACUAUACAGGAGCCAUGCCCAUUUUCAAGGCUUAUGGGAACUCUUCAUUCCAGGACUGCAAACGAGCCUCAGAAGAAGCAAUCGCUAUCAUUAUUAAAGCCUUGCAGGGCAAGGUAUUCUCGGAUUCCGAAUCCAUACAAGCCAGGGCAGAGGCUGUUAUGCUCCUUAAGCAAUUAGAUUUUCCGGUUAAUAAUUUGAAGGUGCAACUCUUUGGAAAGUUAGAAGAGUUCCUUGUGGAUCUCCAUCUAGAAUCUAAGGAAAUAAGACAUUCUUCAUCAGACCUUGGUGGGAUUCCGUUAUCGCCUUCUUCUUGUGCUCAUGAGGCUUCCAUUCGUGAAUUUGCUGAGGCUGUCCGCGCUUAUCGAGUUAUUUUCCCUAAUUCCGAACAACAGCUCUUUAGACUUGCAAAAAACUUAGCUACAAAGCACUUUGAAGCCACACAACAGCACAUCAAGAAGCAGCUCGCUUCAGCAGACCUUGUCACCAUGUUGCGGGUAAUUUGGACAAAUGUGCUUCUGAUGGAUGAAGUGCUGCCAGAGGCUGGUCUGCGUGAUUUUACAUUUGAGGCUGCUCAUGUUGCUAUCAAACAAUAUUUUGCUUGCAGAUUUGGUCAUCUUCUGCUAGAUAUUUCAGGUACUCUUGUAAAAGUCCAUGAUAAUCAAAAGGGUGUAAUUGAAGAAGAGUAUCCUUUGCAGGCUGCCCUUGAGAUCAGCAAAAAUGCAUUAGUUCAAGGCAGCAUGGAUGCCUUACUGGAUUUCCGUCGACUUCUUGAUGAGAACUUGGAAGUGCUAUCAGCGUUGACAGACUUGAUCAUUGAUUGGGUGCAAGAAGGAUUUCAGGAAUUCUUCAGGAAGCUUAGUGAUCAAUUUCUCGUGCUUUCGCGAAAGAAAUAUUCAGCUAAUCAGGACCUUAUCUUUUGGGAGGGAAUGCAGGGUGAUAAAGUACUUCCUGGGCUUGUUCUUUUGCUGGCUCAACUCUCUGUUUUUAUUGAGCAAAAUGCCAUUACCAGAAUUAGUGAGGAAAUAUCUCCUUUUUCUGGCAGUGGGUAUCGGGGCCAUGACAAUGGUCCAGCUUUUGUUCCUGCAGAAAUUUGUCGUAUCUUUCAAUCAGCUGGUGAAGAACUCUUGCAGCAUUAUAUAAGCUUGAAAACACGGAAGAUACUGAUUCUGUUGAAGAAGAGGUUUAUAACCCCCAAUUGGGUUAAGCAUAAAGAGCCCAGGGAAGUUCAUAUGUUCAUUGAUCUGCUUCUCCAAGAGCUGGAUACAAUCCUUAAUGAAGUAAAGCAAAUAUUGCCUGAAGGGCUCCACCGUAAGCAUCGGCGUACAGACAGCAACGGGAGUAAUACAUCUUCUCGUAGUAAUCCAUUGAGAGAUGAUAAAUUGGUACGUUCAAAUACCCAAAAGGCCAGGAGUCAGCUUCUUGAGUCCCAUUUAGCAAAAUUGUUCAAGCAGAAGAUGGAAAUUUUUACUAAAGUUGAACACACACAGGAAUCCGUCAUAACUACUAUUAUAAAACUUUUCUUGAAGAGUUUACAAGAAUUUGUCCGACUUCAGACUUUUAACCGAAGUGGAUUUCAACAAAUUCAGUUGGACAUUCAUUUUCUUAAGACCACUCUUAAGGAUACUGCUGAAGAUGAAGCUGCAGUUGAUUUUUUGCUUGAUGAGGUGAUUGUUGCUGCUGCUGAACGCUGUCUUGAUCCCAUUCCUUUGGAACCUGCUAUCGUAGACAGGCUUACCCAAGCAAAGUUGGCAAAAAAUUCUGAACAGAGUCCUACUUCAUAAUAAUGUGGGGGGCCUGGGAGCUCAAAUGCAUCGUGCCGCGACUGAUGACCUUGCUGUAAUCAGAAAGCAUGCACCUGAUGCUAAGUACAUAUUGGAAGGAACAUCCACCCUGCUUUGAAGUUUUUGCGGGUAGAGUUGAAUUCAAGAUUUAAAGUUAAAUGGGUUCAGAAUGGAUAUGAUCUGUCAUAUCUUUACAUUUUUUAUUUUUUUUAAAUAUUUGUAUAAGUGAUUCGAGCAGAAGAUAGUGGUUUUAGUUGAACCCCAAAAUUUGCUCUAGAUUUGCCUCUAUUUACAGGCAACAUGGCGUAUACAUCUCUUUUAUAGAGAAUAGAAGCAUUGCCAAUUUGCCAGUCA